GGGUUUGUUUACGUCCAGAUUUACGUCCUUUUCACGCCUGCUCGGCUGAAGAUUAAUAAAUAUUAUGUGAUACUGCUUAAUGUUUAACAAGAGGAAACCUUCAGACGACAGAAAGAAGAUUCCAGGGAACCAGAUCUAGGGAAUAUAGGGGGGGAAAAGGAGUUUUAAACCCUGUAAAAGGAGAAGAAUUAGAGGCAGGAAUAUCGACUGAAUUCCUGUAAAAGGGAAAAUAAGAAGACAUAAUGUGUAUUUGAGAAGAUUUUGUUCGAAGGUUUGAUUGUACAGGAAGAAUGGAAAUGGGACUUGUGGAUCAAGAGGAGAAAGAAACUUCCGCUGAAGGAAUUGGAAGAGAUAAUGGAGGCAUUAAGCGGAAAAAGCAGAAAAAUGUUCCGAUACAGGAGCUGACACGUGAGGAACUUGAAGCAAAAUUUCAACAGUUGGAAGCUCACAACAAACAGCUAAAGAAUUUGUUAGCCAAGAGUCAAGGUGUUGUAGACGUGACACCUGAAACCGGCGCCAAAAAAAAGAAGGCAAGAGCAUUUGACUUUACAAAGCAUUCAAAACGUCAUGUUCUUUUGAAGUUUUGUUACCUGGGCUGGGAUUAUCAAGGUUUUGCAGUGCAAGAGGACACGCAGCAGACAAUCGAAGCCCAGCUCUUUUCUGCUCUCCUCAAGACUCGUCUCAUUGAGUCGAGGGAAACAUCAAAUUAUCACAGAUGUGGCAGAACAGAUAAAGGUGUCAGUGCCUUCGAGCAGGUGGUGUCCAUCACCCUCAGGAGUAAACUGAAGGCAGGAGUGGGUAUCAUCUCUGAAAGCAAUGAUGAUAUGAAGGGCAGUGAUGGUGAUAAUGCAAUGAAGAGUGAUGGUGAAGAGAUUGAUUAUGUACAGCUAUUGAACAAAGUCCUCCCACAAGAAAUUAGAAUGUUUGCUUGGUGUCCAGUGAAGGCUGGUUUUUCAGCAAGAUUCGACUGCACCAAGCGCAAAUACAAGUACUUUUUCCCAAGGGGAAAUUUGGAUAUUAAGUUAAUGAAUGAAGGAGCUCAGUAUUUAGUUGGUUAUCAUGACUAUAGAAACUUCUGCAAAAUGGACGUUGGUAAUGGAGUAGUUAAUUUCUGUCGGCGCAUCCUUUCAAUAAACAUAUCUCCCUUGUGUUGUGAUGUGAAGAAUGUUGAUCGUAAUUGCCCUAAAGAUACUGAACAGAAUACAGUGGACAGUAAGAGCGAUGAUAAUGAGAAUUCAGUGGAAACGACUAAAAGCUCCCAGCAUGAUGUAAUUGAAUCCACAGAGGAAGUGACAGAUUGUAAUUGCUCACCCGAAAGGCGAGCAGAUUCAGCAGAAGUUCGAGCUGGGUAUGACAUGUGUGUUGCUACGAUUGAAGGACAAGCAUUUCUGUGGCAUCAAGUGAGGGCAAUCAUGGCUAUACUGAUGCUUGUUGGAGAAAAGAAGGAAGAACCGUGUAUUGUCAAGGAGCUUUUGGAUGUUACUAAACACCCAAGGAAACCCCAGUAUUGCUUGGCAAGUGACCUACCUCUGAAUCUUUAUGAAACAAGUUUUGAGGGCGUGGAGUGGAGAUGUGAUACGGAAUCUUUAUGUUACGUCAUAUCACAGUUGCAAGGCCUUUGGGCGCACCACUCUGUAAAGAGCACAAUGAUCAGACGCAUGCUUUGGGAUCUAGAGGCCACUUAUUCUCAGAUGAAUAGCAUGAAACACGAAGAUUCACAUCUUUCAAAGGAUACCCUGCCAGCCGCCUCCAUAAAACCACAGUACCAGUGCCUGAACCUAGUUCCUGGAGCUAGAACUAAAGUGUAUCGGCCUCUGCUCUCCAGACCAACUUGUGAGAGUUUAGAGACACGAGUGGAACAUUAUGUGAAACGACAGAGGUUAGAUCGCGACAUCCUGCAGAAGAGCUCUUCAUUAAGCUUACAGACUAAUAUUGCAAAUUCAAACAACCCAAACUGAUUUGAUUGAAGUUGAACCUCAAUCGUAUAAAGUCUGCAGUCGAUUCAAAACAAGGAAACGAGCCUGGUGUGUGUGGAUGUGUGAAAGCACCACCCCAGUUUACCUGUAGCUCCCACAGCUUAUCAAUAGUGGUUUGUGCAGGUAGAUUACUGUAACUAGGGAUUACCAAUAUUCUACUGCUAAAUAUACUUUUUACAAGACCAGUAUAUGCAUUA